GCUCAGCAGGCUCUCGCUGCUUCCUGUUUCCGGCUUCUGGAGCGGGGCGCAUCGCGGCGCCUAGGGGAGCGCUGGCUUCAGGGAGGACUCGAGGGACUGGGGUCUGCGCCCCCGCACCCCUGAUCUCCGGCCGCGUCUCCCAACCCCAAAGACACAUUCUUGCGGGCUUCUGAGCUUCGGUUGCUCUGUUUUCCCGUGACACGAUGUUCCCCUUCUCUGGCUGCUGGAGGACUGAGCUGUUAUUGUUGCUACUCCUGGCUGUGGCUGUGAGAGAAUCCUGGCAGAUAGAAGAAAAAUCUUGUGACCUGGUAGGAGAAAAGGAUAAGGAGUCAAAGAAUGAGGUGGCUCUCCUGGAGAGGUUACGGCCCCUGUUUAACAAAAGUUUUGAGAGUACUGUGGGCCAGGGCUCAGACACAUACAGCUACAUAUUCAGAGUAUGCCGGGAAGCUGGCAACCACUCCUCUGGUGCCGGUCUGGUCCAGAUCAACAAGAGUAAUGAGAAGGAGACGGUGGUCGGGAGAAUCAACGAGACUCACAUCUUCAAUGGAAGUAAUUGGAUCAUGCUGAUAUAUAAAGGGGGUGACGAAUAUGACAACCACUGUGGCAAAGAGCAGCGUCGUGCAGUGGUGAUGAUCUCCUGCAAUCGGCACACACUAGCGGAUAAUUUUAACCCAGUGUCUGAGGAACGAGGCAAAGUCCACGAUUGCUUCUACCUCUUUGAGAUGGAUAGCAGCUUAGCCUGUUCACCAGAGGUCUCGCACCUCAGUGUGGGCUCGAUCUUACUUGUCAUAUUUGCAUCAUUGGUUGCUGUUUAUAUCAUUGGGGGCUUCUUAUACCAGCGACUGGUAGUGGGGGCCAAGGGAAUGGAGCAGUUUCCUCAUCUGGCCUUCUGGCAGGAUCUUGGCAACCUAGUAGCUGAUGGUUGUGACUUUGUGUGCCGUUCCAAACCCCGAAAUGUGCCUGCGGCCUAUCGUGGAGUUGGGGAUGACCAGCUGGGGGAAGAGUCAGAAGAAAGGGAUGAUCAUUUGCUACCAAUGUGAUUGCACUUUUAAUGUCUAGCCGCCUCUUCAGUCCCCAAACCAAAGCAUACUCAGCCAGAUUUCUCAAGCCGUCUCUCCCGACUCUCACCUCGCCGUUAAUAGUCUUGCUUUCCAGUUAGCUUUUGAUUUGACCGUAAGCUGCCUCCCUUUGCUCCUAUUGUUUUUCCUCUGCACAAGUACAGUGGAAGGUAGACAGACACAGGGCCUGUGGGACAGAUUCCUGCGCCCCAGGAAGAGCAAGGACAGCUACAUAGGCAGAAAGCCAUGAGCCCUGGCUGUAAACAUUUUCAUAAGUUGAGACACUGGAUUCUCUAAUUAAAAAAGCAAAGAGUACUUAUACCUUUGGUCACUUCAUGCUGUUCCUGUCCCUGCAGUAGUCUUGUGAGGAUUUGAGUGUAACUCAGAGUUGCUCUGCAGUGCUUGCCUGGCUGUAACCCAAAUACUUCUAUUUGCUUUGAGCCUGGGGUCAGUCACCUGAUUGUCCCUUGUGUGGGAUUAGGACAGGGAAAAAAAUAUGGAAUUUCCCAACUAUAGGAUUCUAAGGUGCCAUCAGGUUGUUUAUAGGUCUUUGAGUGGCUUGAUAGUUUGAAUUGGGCCCUGGGCUAUGGUUAUAAAUCCAUAGGUAACCCAAAUGCCUAAUCAGGUAGUCCUUUUUUAAAGUAAGCAGAGCCUGUGUCACCUUGUGGUAGUCUUGCUGGCCAGCCUUGUUCUUCCUCGUCUCCCUCCACCAGUACUUGUCAACCUGAGUUGCACUUUUUCUCACAGGUCUAUAGUUCGGCUUUUUAUACUUUCCCCAAUCUUAAAGGAAGGGAAUGGAAGCAGAAGUGGACAUGGAGGCUCUGCAGGUCUCUGCUGUGGGUGGGGACACUGCUGCACCUGUCCCUCCUGCUGGCUCAGGGAAGUGUCUGUCCCACUUAUCUAUGGGAAAAGGUUUUUAAUCCUCUCUCUUUCUCUUUAGGCCAUGUGCCCAGAAUCACAGGCUGAUCUUUCUAUAACAGUGAACUCCUAGGCCACUAAGCAACAGCACAGUUCAUCUGAACACAGGAGAUGUGGAAAAGGCAGGGCCAUUUGUUACCUUUAGAAAAAAUGAUGUCAUUCCUACUCCUCAAUACCCUUGCAAUGGCAGUGGAAAUUUUGUUUUCUUUCUUACAGGAAAAAUAAUGUUAUUUUUUAAAAAAGCUUCUCAUUUGUUGUUUGCAUCCUAACCCCUGUGUUUUAAAUGAAAAAAUGAUAUACCACUUUUGUACAAAAACACAAUAAUUAAAAAACAUAAAAAAACA